UUGGUGGACCAGCACAGCGAAGUGCUCCUGCAGUUGGGUGAAUUCACCACCAUCUCCCAGGAUAUCCUGCAGAAUAUUUUGCAACGUGACACACUGUCUGCGGAGGAACACGUCAUCUAUAUGGCUGUGGAACGGUGGGCAGCGGCGGCCUGUGCUCGUAACGCCCUGGAGGAUUCUGGUACUAACCGACGCCAGAUGUUGGGCGACGCUUUAUUCCAUGUACGCUUUCCGCUCUUGACGCAUACGCAGCUGGCUGACAGUCCUGGCAAGAGUGGCCUGCUGACGGGAGCGGAACUGCUGAGCGUGUUCAUGUAUCACAGUGCCACCGUGAAGCUACAGAUCGCGUUUCCUGCGGAGCGCCGCAUCGGAACCGGGACAAGAACAAUUUUUCGACUGGGAGACCAGGUGUUUGUAGAACGCUCCGAUAAUGGGAAUCUUUGGGAGCCGGCCAGCGUCAUCGCGUUGGAUCGGCAGGACGUGGUGUUUAUGCUGUACACAAGGCACACGGUCGGCAUGGCAGCGACCGACCAGGUGAUUCGUGCUCAGGACAUCCUGAAGAGCGGCCAAGAGGUGGUUAUUUCUUGGAUGGAUACUUUGAAACUGUCACGAUAUGCUCGCGUAGAAGAGAACGGGUUGCAUCGGGUUACUGAAAACUUGUUAAGCGCUUCCAGGAUUGUUGAGUACGCAAAUUUAAAGCUACACGCCUCCCAUGCCAAGUUAUGGAAGCAGCAAAAUGGAUAACGGUUAAUAUGCCAUCGUGACGUUCUUAACUAAGUGUAGAAUGCAGAGCCUGAAUGUACGUUAUGGUUAGUGUUGUUCGGUUUGUGUUCUGUGG